UGUCACACCAAUAACUGACCUGUCAAAUAUUCUUCCGUCACCAAUGUUGUCCCAAACCAAAAUGCAUUUAUGGUAUCAGAAAAAAACUUCUGAGCCACCAAUUCCCGAACUAACACCUCCAGUGAAUGUCCACAUAGAACCCGAGAAAGACGAAAACACUUACGUGGAUGUCGACUACAUCUCAGAAGAAUGUCUAACCAGCGAGUCUACUUCAACGCUGAUAUCCGUCAACUGUUCUGAGCGCCUCAGUUUCGAGAAGUCAAGUGAGGAGAUCAGGAAAAAAGUGAGUUCAGAAGAUUGUAGUAAGUCUGUGAGUGUCAGUGAUUUCGUCGACUUGAAUUAUUGGAAGGAAGAGAGGUUAUGUUGUGGGACAGUAUUCAGAGGCUUACACAACGAAGUCAUCAUCGAUCCAAGGUUAUUGAGAGCUUGUCCUGGAAGAAUCAGGAAAGGCAGGAAGAAAGAAAAAUUGACAUGA